CGCCGCGAUUCCGAUCCCGAUGGUCCGGAAUACUUUGUCCGAAUGGGGAGGGGAAAAAAAGAGACAUUAGGCAGUAAAAUUCCAGAGAUGGUGUGAGAGAGUGAAUAAGGUGGAGUGAACCAAGGGCAAGCCUAUAAACCAUCCUCUUCUCUUUGUAGUGUAAAAUGGGUAUCGACCUUAAGAAGCACCACGUCAAGAACUCCAACCGUACUGCUCCCAAGUCUGACAACGUCUACUUGGCUUUGUUGGUCAAGCUCUACCGCUUCCUUGCUCGUCGUACCGAUGCUGAAUUCAAUAAGGUCGUCUUGAAGCGUCUCUUUAUGUCUCGCAUCAACCGUCCUCCUGUCACUGUCUCUCGUCUGGUCAAGAACAACAAGGAAGGCAAGACAUUGGUUGUUGUUGGUUCCGUCACUGAUGACUCCCGUCUCUUGGAAGUCCCCAAGCUCUCUGUUGCUGCUCUUCACUUCACCAAGACCGCCAAGGCUCGUAUCUUGAAGGCUGGUGGUGAAGUCUUGACCUUGGAUCAAUUGGCUCUCCGUGCUCCUACUGGUUCCAACACCAUCCUCGUCCGUGGUGCCAAGAAUAACCGUGAAGCCGUCAAGCACUUUGGUAUGGGUCCUCACAAGAACAAGAAGCCUUAUGUUCGCUCCAAGGGACGUAAGUUUGAACGUGCUCGUGGUAAGCGUGCUUCUCGUGGUUUCAAGGUUUAAAAACUUUUUGUUUCCUUUCUUGCUCUUUUGUCUCCCCCCCUCUUCUUCGCUCCCUUUUUUAUAAUAAAAUAAAAUUAAAAGUUGUAAAGUUUGAAGGUGUAAGCUUACAUAAAAGUCAUGAAAGGACCUCUGUUCGUUUUUUUUUUGUCUUGAAAAAAUAUACGCGUUUUCCUUUGCAUAAAGUAAAAAUUCAAUCCCCUCCCUACUCCACCC